AUGGAGGCAUUGCGCAACCUGAAGACGUUGGCGAGAGGCGGCACCCCGGCCUCUUACGUGGACUCCGUCGGCGCUCGAGGCCACUACGUCAGAGCCGUGGUGGCGGCCUGCUUCUGUUCGUGCGCUGCCGGCACCGCGCUGGGCUUCGCCUCGGCGGCCAUGCCUUCCAUCGAAGACGAGCCCUGGUACCAUUUAGAGAAGGUGCCGCCCCAGAACAGAUGGGUCGUCGACAUUCUCUCGUUCGGUGCCGCCAUCGGGGCCAUGCUGUCGGGGUUACCGUUGUGGGUGCUGGGCAGCCGGAGGACGCUUCUUCUGUGCGUUCUGGUAGCGGCUGUCUCGUGGGUCGUGCUUGCCACGUCUUUCGAUACCGUCACGCUCCUGGCAGCCAGGGCUGCGUGUGGCCUAUGGUUGGGCGUCACCAACAUCGGCGUCAGCCUGUACGUGGCCGAGGUGGCGCCAACGGAAAAGAGGACCUUCUACGUGGGUCUCGCCGAGGUCGCUACGAGCAUUGGUAUUAUGGCGAGCUACACCUUGAGCCGUCUCUCGUGGCGGCUGCAAGCGACCAUCUGGACCCUGGUGCAAUUGCCACCACUUCUGGGCUCGCGGCGGUACCUGGUCGAGAGUCCACGCUGGCUCCUGCUCUGGGGACGUUCGGACGAGGCAGGCGUGGCCGCAGGCCGGCUCUACGGAUUGUACAUACCUCCAGAGCUGAGGCCGGGACGCCUUCAAGAUCCCGACGCCAAACCACCGAGUUCAUGCAGAGUGCAUAUCAGGCUGGUAUCAGUGGGCGCCAUUGCGUAUUCGUUCCAUGAAUACUGAC